AUCUAAUUCAGUUUUCCUUUCUUUAACCAUCAUUCCUCCUUUACUCAUAAAAUUAAGCAAUCAUUACUAGUGGAAGAACUUCAUCAUCAAACCAACAAUUGGUAAAAUGAGUAGCUUUAAGAGUAGAUGAAGAAUGAAGAUGGAGUUGAAUAGGCAAGAAAAAGGAACAAGUGUCAUCUUCAUCAUCAUAUGUGAUCACCUUCAAUUAUUUAGAAAAAUGGUUGACGAACAGUCGAGGUAUAUAUAUGAUCGAUUAUCUCAACAUGCUUCAGUGUGUGGAAAGAAAGCUAAAUCUUCAUGUGUGGUUGGACAAUCAUCUGGUACUACUGAGGGAUCAUCGUUUCGUGGUCACGAAUCUCCAAAUCUUAAUGAUGCACAUGUUGUUGUCGUACAUGCUCCUGAUGUUGUUAUACAAGCUCUUGAUAUUUCCUUACAUACUCAUGUUACACAUCCUCCCACUUGACCUGUUGGUG